CUAUUGGUUGAAUUGUGGUUAGGUAAAUAAUUAAUGAUAUUUUUGUUUAAAAAAUAUAAGAAAUUAAUGGUUUUUUUAAUCUACGUGCAUAGAUGUAAAAUGAUUUAUAUUAAAAAACGGAGAGAGUAUAUAAUAUAUAUUAAAAUUUACUGCAUGGAAAAUCCACAACGCCAUGCAAAAACAUUACAUAAUGUGUAUAACCUAACAUCAACUUUAGUGGGCUAGCUAGUUGCAAACUUGCAAUGAUCACGAUGUCUAAAAAUGUGCAAGACAUUAGACCAUCUCCAAUGGGAUUCUAUUUUUUCUUCUGUAAUUUAUGCUAAAAUAGAGUAAAUCUAUUAUAAUGUAACUUUUGCUUAAAUAGUGUUACUCUAUAAUAGAAUUACUCUAUUAUAGAGUGAAAUAUAGAGAGAUGUCACUUUUUCACUCUAAAUAUAGAGUAAAAUAUGACAUUCCUAUAUAUUUUACUUUAUAAUAGAGUAACUCUAUUAUAGAGUAACAUCAUUGGAGCAAAAGUUAUAAUAUAAUAGAAUUACUCUAUUUUAGUGUAAAUUAUAGAGGAAAAAAUAGAGUACUAUUGGAGAUGCUCUUAGAUGGUGUCACAAGUUUUGGAACUACUAAAACCAAAGAAGUUUAGAAACUUCACAAAGACUAGAUGAUUAACAAGGUACGAAUUUUAGUUCAAAAAAAUUAAACAAGGUUCAAAUUUUAACAUUUGCACAAAAAACAAAGUACGAAUUACAAGAAUGGUAGAUUCGUCGAACAAGAACAUACACAGAGAUAUGUACGUGGGAUUAUCAUUAUAGGAAACAAAAUCUCAUAAAUAAUUGAUAUUGGUUGAGUUGCUGAAUAACUAAAGGAAAACAGAGUUUAUGAUAAUUCCGUUCUUUUUUAAUAAAAUACAUAUGUAGAAGAUGAGCAUUUCCACCCCAAUUUUCUUAUAAAUGAAUUAUAUUAUAGAUGAGUUUUGAUCCAAUGUAUGUCUUUAUAAUAGAUCUUCUCUAUUAUAAAUAGUUAAAUAUCUACAUUGAAUAGAACUCAUCUAUUAAUAUAUUUUAGAAAAAUAUAGUACUGGAUCGGAAAUAGUAAACAAUAUUUUCAUGACCAUGUGUACUAUUCUACAGAUUGCAUUUUUCUUGAAAACAAUUCAAUUAAAAAAAAAUGACAUCAUUGAAGAAGAAAACGGAAAAACAAAGUUUUUACUUAAACAACUAAAUAGAUAAAUCACAAUGGUGGUAUAUCGGUCAUAAUAUGAUCUUUAUCACACCAAAUACGAAUCUAACAACGUUCCUUAUGAAUUAUAUGCAAUUGAGGUCUGUUUGAUAGAAGUUAGAACUAGAGUGUCUCGAAUUGUUUUGUUCUUCAAAUUUAAAGAAAUGUCGACCCUAAAUCAAGGACAUUGUAAAAAACGAAGAAAAUAUUCAUAGAGAGCGCGUUUGGUAUAUCUGUUGCAAGUUGGAAGGUUUUGUAAACAUCAUAUGAAAAUAUAACUAGAAAGUGCAUAAAUUAAUGGCUUCCCAGCGUGUGUAUAAUAUGUAGUUUUAUCUCUGUGAUUUGUAUCAGCUGCAAAAAAAAGCCCUUUUUUCUUAAUUAAUACUAUAUUUCAGACCCAUGCAUAUCAUUAGUGCUCCCACCCCACAAAAUCUUCAUUAACAAUUCGUUGUAUGUUUUAAAAGUUAGGAGAUGUUAUGAUAAUGUUUCCAUGCAAUGCAAUAUGGACGCACUUUAUACCUUAUGGAGACCCAAAACAUAAAAAGAAAUAAAGCUCUAAAGGGACGAAAUGAUGACAAAUUAUAAUGAUUAAAAGUGGGAAAUAUAUAGUUUCAUACUCACACGAUCUAACAUACUAUAGAGCAUACAUUUUGAUGUCCUGCAUAUACAACCAAUCAAUAUAGCAUUUAUUCUAAUAUUCAAGGGUGUUUAUAUCACUAAGACCAACACAUAAGUGAUUAUUGGCUAAAUGCAGACUAUAUAUUUGCUUAGAAAUUUUUAAGAAAAGCAAUCUGUUAAAUUAGCAUAUAAUUAAAUAUUUUAUUAUAAUGAGAAAGAGACCCAAACCAUUCGGGGCUGAGAUAUCAUUUCAAAUUCUCCUAACAAUAACAUGGAUGACUCACACAUACACCUCCCUACUUAUUAAUUAUCAUUGCCUUUGAUGUAAGCAAGAAGUGCAACCACUAUUUAAUUUUCACUUCCAUUUUUAUUUAUUUAUAGUUCCAUUUCAAGACACACAAUAAUUAAUGGGUUCGAACUUGUGUGUUUGAAACUUUAAAACCGAUGGCAAAAAAAAAAGAAACUUUAAACCAUUGUCAUUUUGGAACUCUUAGCGCAACAACAGCACACCAACUAAUCAUUCACCCUUCACAACGUAUGCAUUCAACGAUUUCCGAAUUUAUUCCGUGAAUAAAAUGCAAAAUCCAAAAAAAAAUCACAAAAUUUGCUAAAGUAAACAGUAAUUAUAAACGUGAAAGUGUAAUAAUUCGUAUUGUUGUGCAACCAAACGAGGUCCAUGAGGGACGCUGGUUAGUGAAGCUAAACGAUGAAGUGACGAAAGAGCCCAUAAAAGAUUAAACAAAUCCAACUUGUAAUGUAAUCUACUUAGCUAUAUGUUAUUUUCACACAGUGACACACGCAUAAACACAUAACAGAGUUAUUGAUUCUCUUAACCUCAUUCUUCAUAAUUUCUCUCUUUUUCUUUUCCUUUUAAUUAUAUCAAUCUUUAUCUAAAUAAAGGAUGGUGAAAGAAGAAAAGGGUCAUGAAGAAAAAUCGGACACGAACACCCUGUAACAUGUGUUAUUAUCGCUGAUGAUGACUAGUGUUGACUAAACCAACAUUGACCAAACCGUGUAAUGAAAUAAGUAAAGAGAGUAAUGAAAAUGGUCCAACCUAAAAUUUAAAUUGAAUCAUGAAUGAUGAUGGUUCGAACCAAUCCCAAACCAUCAUUGCGAAUCUUUAAGGGACGACGGCCUAUAGAGACCCUCCUCUUCAUCAUCAUCAUCAUCAUCAUCAUUCAUCAUCAUCAUUUUCACUCAAAUACUCGUUUCAACCGUUUUGUAAUAUUAAUUUUAUACUAUCUAAGUAUGGAACCAAGCCGGUCUACAUACUAGUACUUGUUUGAAACAUUGUGAUGACAUCUAUAAAUUUCUGUUGGCCUAUGAUGAUAUCAUAAACUGUAAACGGGAAUGAUUACUUGGCGGGUGAGGAAAUGAACAUGUUAUAACGGUUAUCUAAUACCAAACCAAAAUGUGAAGAUGCAAGUAAAAGACGAGAAUAACCCUAUGCUAUAGAGAAAAUUCAAAUGAAGCAAAGAAAGUAAAACCCUCCUCCAAGUACUUUUUUUCCUCUAAUUUUCUUCUUUAUUUCGAUCAUCAUUCACAUGACGCAACACAAAUCUUUUUCUCACUUUUGCCUCACAAGUUAUUAUUAAAGUAUUUAGAAAAGAAACAAAAACAAAAUACAGAGCUGCGAAUUCGGCUGCCAUGUAAGCAUAAACACAACACAAAGCAUGAUUGUUGUGUCAGGAGACUAGUUUUUGUGGCUCUAUAUAAGAGACACUAUCUUCGUUUUGUUCUCUUUGUCCCUCUCUACCUUUCAUACAAAUCUCUCUCUCUUACAAACAUAUAAACACACUUCACAUCUUCUCACCCCAUUCGAACACUCUUACCUAAAGCUUUCACAGAGCAAGGUUUAUCGAAAUGGAGAGGCUAAACUCGAAGCUAUACCUGCAAAACUGUUUUAUAAUAAAGGAGAAUGAAAGGUUGAGGAAGAAAGCUCAGAUUCUGAACCAGGAGAAUCAACAGCUUCUCUUGGAGCUCAAACAGAAGCUCUCCAAAACCAAGAAAUCUAAUGGAUCAAAUCAAGGAAGCAACAGCAACCUCUCUUCGUCAAGUUCUGCUUCUGGACAAUCCUGAUUAUGCAGCAAAACUCUUAGGACAAGAAUUGGAUAUGGUAGACUGGAAAAUCAUCAUGACCCUCCCAGCUCAAUUAGAAGAACGCAUAUUUUCUUAUAUCUUUUUUUAUUAGUGUAAUAUUAGAAAAUGGUUAGUGGUGUUAUUAAGGUUAUCAACUAGUUUUAUUGUUGUUUAAUUUUAUUUUAAUUUGUGGGUUCUUCUAGUUUAUUUACUACAAAAAGGACAAAAGUGUAGUGUCUCUCUGCCUAUCUUCUCAGAGGGAUAUUUUACUUUUGUUUCCAUUUAUAUGUUAAUUAGAUUUUCUUUGUUGCCUUUUUCAUGUGGGGUUGGUUUUUUAGGAUUUGGUGGAUUCUGGGACUACAUUGUACUACCUUCUGAUCCUCUCUUAAACAACCAGUAUCUUUAAUAUUUAUAUUAUUCUGCA